AGUGUGAACAGCACAGAGAGAAGCAUGCUCGGGUUUUAUCUGCUGUGGAUUCUUCUCUGUAGAGCCUAUGGUGUUCUGCAGUACGCUGACCCCGGACAAAUUGUGACUUUACAAUGUUUCUUUGACUCCAGCUCCAAUUAUCUGUCUUGGUACAAACAGGUGGCAGGAGAGCAACCGCAAUUAAUAACCUCUUUCUACAAACACUUUCUUGACGCCUACCACUUCCACAACCAGUUUAAAGACGACAAUCGCUUUUCAGUGCAAACAGGAGAAGGAGCCUUUCAUCUGAUUAUUUCUGAAGUGCGGGACUCAGAUUCAGCCUUGUAUUACUGUGGACACACCAGCAUAACAAUCACUGAGUUUCAGGAGGGAAUACAUUUGGUUUUAAAAGAGUCCAGUGUCCUUUCUUUCAUCAUGCAGCCAACAGCUAACUCUGUGACCCCCGGAGGCUCUGUGACUCUGAACUGUACCGUCCACACUGGGAGCUGUGAUGGAGAACACAGUGUGUACUGGUUCAAAGACUCUGAAGAAUCUCAACCAGGACUCAUUUACACCAGUGGAGGAAAGAAGGAUCAGUGUGAGAGGAAGCCUGAUUCACAAACACACACCUGUGUCUACAACUUGCCAAUGAAGAACCUGAAUCUGUCUCAUGCUGGGACCUACUACUGCGCUGUGGUCUCAUGUGGACACGUUCUGUUUGGAGAUGGGACCAAGGUGGCACUUAAAUAUGAAGUGGAUUUCCUAAGUGGAGCUGUUACAUUAACCACCAUGUCAGUUGUUUUGCUGGCUGUCUCUGUGUGCAUGAUGAUAAAGAGGAACAGCUGCAGAUCUGCAGAUUCUCAAGCAACACUUCCAGCUCCGUCCGUGACAAAUGCAGAGGUUUCCCAAAACACACCCACCCUCUAUUACGCUGCUGUAAGUGUGAACCUGACCGACAGCUCGGUGAGACAGAGGGAUCAAACCUGGAGCGAGUGUGUAUACUUCAGUCUGAAGCAGUAGAACCAGUCUUUGUUUAUAAGUGAAAGGAUCUUCUUACCGUCGCUUAUUAUAUGCUAUUAUAGCGUCUUUGUGGUGUGCAGCCAAAACAAACCAGGGUUCAUGCCUCUGUUAGGAGAGGAUAGGACAGUUGAUAGAGGAGGAAGGACUGGAGGACUACAGCCUCUGCUCAUGGGGUGCACAACUUAACUUAACCCAACCGGCUCCCCAUCCUUGUACACUCUUAAGAAGAAUAUCUCAGAAUUGUUGCCUUGUUGAUUGCAUUUAUCAAUAAUUAUAGGGUUAAUUUUUUUUGUUUUUGCAACUGAAUUAAAAUAUCAGAUUCCCUUUGCUUGAUAAGUUACUCAGUUUGUUAAUACACAUCUUUAAUGGCCACAUGAUGUAUGUUUUUUUCUGAAUUUUAUAUAAUUAAUGAUCAUAAAACAAGGUAAUUGAGAGCUCUUUGUGUGGUCAUGUGUAAUGUAGGAGUAUCUUUAUCUUUCUCCUAUGUGCACGAUAUGUUUCAGAGAGUGGUUGACUUUACCUUUUUAUUCAAUGAGAUGGAGAAAUAUAAUUUAAUUGACCAACAACAUAAAGCUUGACUCAUGUACAAUCUUACUGGUGAAUAUGAGGUAAGAAGGAUUCUGCAUUUGACUGGCUUCAUGGAUAAUAACUUCUUUAUUUUCUAGUAAUAAACAAUUUUAAAACCUU